UUUUGGUCUGUUAUUGUGAUGCGCGCGGACCUAGCUUUAGUAAGCAACCAUAUGCGCAAAGCGAGCAUCGCAGCGAAUCUACUUCCAGAUGUCCAUCUCUCUCUGCUCGUAACAGGUGGAGCUCAUUUCACUCCAUCUGUCCGCUGCUGAAGUGGCAUAUAUGGGCAACCAGGUUGACAAACUGUCACACCUAAGUUACGCCGAAGUUCCCACGACUGACCCGAACGGACUGGACACGGAGGAAGACGGCCCGCGGAUCGGGGUCUCGUACAUUUUCGCGACCGACGACGACGAACUGGACGAUAAUCAUCAUCAACAUGUCGAUGGACCGGAGCAAAAGGAGGAAGAGAAGCCGUACAACGAGCUGGGCUGCGCAGUUUACCACCGAGACGAGUGCAUUUACGAGAAGAGUGGCAACACUAGGGAACUGGAGACGUUUAGCCCGGAGAAUUUACUGAACAAAUGUAAGCCCGGAGACGUUCUGGAGUUCGUGUCCACCGGCCAGUACCCGCACUGGGCUGUGUACGUCGGGGACUUCCAGGUGGUGCACCUGCAUCGGGCGGAGGUCAAGAACAGUUUUCUGACCGAUGCUAGUCAGGGCAGGAGGGGCAGGAUCGUAAACGAGCUGUACAAAUUCAAACCCCUGAGUUCUGACAUGGUGGUGCAGAACGCAAUGGAGCAGGUGGGAGCGAAAGACAGAGAAUUAAGUUGGAGAAAUUCGGAGUGUUUCGCCGCCUGGUGCAAAUUCGGUAAACGGGAGUUCAAGAUGGGAGUGGAGAUACGGAUAGGAAAACAGCCGUACAGAUUAAAGAUCCUUUUGCCUGACAAACAGUUUCAUAUGCUGGAGUUUCAGAGUUUGGAGGAUUUGAUCAUGGAAAAGAGGAGAAAUGAUCAGAUCGGUAAAGCGGCUGUUAUACAGGAGUUGGCGCAUCAUUUAAGCCAUAGCGGAAGUGAAGCGAACGUUCAUUGACAUGCAACAGGUAGCGGAAAGAAAUGUUUCACAACAACAUAACAUAUCCGUGAUUCUCACGAAAGCCGUUCAGAACAUUUCCCUG